GGGCGAGUCCAUUUUCGAUAUGAAGGAAGACAGCUUUAUAUACAUUUGUUUAUAUGAAGGAUACUCAGUUCAAGACUGAGACUUGAGGAGAGUACACCGUCCUAAAGAUAGGCGUUUAUUUACCGUAAGGUCUUUUGCUUCAAGGGAGAUCUGUUCAUUGGGUCAAUUCAGUGUGCAACCACAGAGCUUGGAAUGCGAUCGUAAGCCCUAAAGUCCUUAAAAAGCAUCGAGAUUUUAACGCUAAAAUUAGAGCAUAGUGCACACGGACUUCCUUUAUUGUAUUUCAAAAGAUAUGGAGUUUUCUGAAAUGAACUCGUUUAAAAUAAUUAUUCGUCCUGCAACUGGAGGGAGUUUUGAGCUCCGAGUUUCCCAUAAUGAAACCGUUCAGGGACUGGUCUGGACGCUAUCCAGGAUGUAUAGUAUUCACAGAGAUAGGAUUACUCUACUCCAUCAAAAUAAGCAACUAAAGCAUGGUUUUCUGCGAGAUUACGACAUUCAAGAGAACAGUACCUUGACUUUAGUACCAAGCAUGGAAAGUGGUUUAUCGUUCCAUAAAAAGGAAAGUGGCGUUAUGCAAGCAUUGGAGAGCCUCACAGAUUCCCAGAUUAGCGAAUUCCUCUCUGGUAGAGCACCCCUCGUAUUAGCCAUGAAACUUGGUGAUCACAUGAUGUUUAUACAGCUUCAACUAUCCACACAGACAGGAGCCAGACGAGCCCGCCCCACCCCCGUCCAGCUCCCCACCCCCCACAACAUGACCGUGCACGACCACCAGGAAGUCCCCUCCCCCACCUUCACAUCUGACGCCGGAAGUAAUGGGAUUCCCUACAAUUUACAUCAGUUCAGGAGUUUCCCCGAAUCUGAAAAAAACUGCCAAACUUCUACCUAUAAUCAGGAGGCUUCAUCCCCUGACACCACUGACUGUGGCGGGGCGGUGAUAGAGACUGUCAAAGACCUGGGCGGGGGCAUGUACUCGGGCACAUUCUCAGGGACUUUGGAGCCGUCGGCUUUUUCUGUGGAGAGGAAACCGCGAAGGGAUCUCAGCACAAUCAUUCACAUCCUGAACGACCUACUUAACGCAGUCCCUCAUUACAAACCCCACUCAUUCCUCCAUCCACCCCAGAGAUCCAGCUCCGACCCUAAAUAUUCAGAUAGACAAGCUCACGACCCAAGCACAAACAAUGAACAAGUGGACAGUGCCAACAUCCGCAGCAAGGUCCGUCACCUGAAGAUGAUGAUGGAAGAGAAGAAACAGCGAAGGAAGAGUCGGCGAACAUCCAACAGCCCUUACCAGUGGCCCAGGAAGCAGGAGCGCGGGUUCAAAACGGACACCAGUUCCGUUCCCGACUGUCUCUGCACAGAAAACCAGGUCCCCACAGACUCGUACAGCAAUCUGGAAAAAGAAACAGUAGCCGUCUGAGGGAGAUUGUUCUUUAACUUGGAGUCAGUUUUCCCCCCAUAAAGCUGACAUAUCUUUGUUGGUUUCUAUGGGUCUUUCUGUUGUAUUUGGUUCUUUGAAACCAAAGGUUGCAACAGGAACGUCCAGGCAUUUGUAAAUUUGUUACAUAUAUUGUUCAACUUCUUGUCCAUUGUUAAAGCAUUAGAUCUAACUGCUGACGGAACAUGUAUGCAUUUAUUACUAAGCAUUAUGUAGAUUUGUGGACUCUAUUAAGAUCAGGCCGAGUUGAGAGUUGUGAUCUAUAAUGGGCUGGUGUCAAUGUAACAAAUAAAAUGCUAGUCAUUUGGUGUUGUGAACAAAUGCAGAUCCAUGGCAUGGCAGGUUCAUGACCAUGAACAGCAGGUUCAUUAAGUAGAGAACUCUUGUAAUCAAAUAUGGAACAAGUUCAUACACUUGAUCCACAUGUGAUCUUAGAUGCAGUGAGUUUUAUAUAUACACUUUGUACAUUCAGCAUACAUUGUGUGUAUGCUGUGAGUUGUUGUUUUUUUGGCCAGUAUACUAUAAUUUGUACCCUGUUUUACUUUGUUGUAUGUUUUUGCUUUAGUUCAUAUAAUUUGUACCUCCCAAUGUCUCUGUAAAAGCACAGUCAUGACAUCUCCCCAACCUCAGGUCCCAUUUGCUUCAAAUUCCUCACAUCACAUUUGAUGAAGAGAGAAAAGCUUUUGUUUUUUCUACCUUCAUUCUACAAAAUCAAAAGAAAAUUAAUUUGACAUGAAAAUACAACAUUUUUUUAUUUGAUUUGCAGUUUCUUCGUAAUGUUCAAACAUAAUAAGCUCAAAAAUACACAAGUGAUCUCACCUUUUUGAGAGCCUGCUCUCGUGAAGACGCUCUUGAAUCAGACCUGUAUAUUGAACUCUGUACACCAGUGUUUAAGAACACAAGCAAUCUUAAGUGGUUUGUUUUUACUGUAUGCAGUACACAUUCAAACAUGAAUAUAUGACAUACCGGUAUGCAGUAAUGAUUUUUUUUUUCUAUAACAAAAAGCAUAUCAGUUAUUGGUACAUGACUAACUGACUUUAUAGGGCACAAAUUUAUUUAUUUCCACUAUUUAUUUUCUCUCCAUAUAUCAAGUGCUACAUAGCAUAUCAUUUUUGCCCCCCCCCCCAAAAAAAAAUGUUGAAUUCUUGUUUUUUUUAUAUUAUAUUGACUUAUUUUCAAACAAGAUAUUUAGUUUGAAGCUGCUUUGACGCACAGAUUGUUAUUUCUUGUAUAGAUGUAAUAAAAGACAUAGCUUUAACAAAG